AAAAUUUUAGUCGCCGAGUUCAGCUCAACGCCGAUGGUUUAGACACUGCAAGCACAAGCUGCAUUUACUACAAACUCGUUAAGCCCGAAAGUGGCGUCUGAAUAAAUAGUAAAAAAAAUACGAAUAAAAAAUUUAAAAAGAAAACACAGAAGGCAACGUUUUCCUACUUUUUUUUUUGUUUGCCACCGCCCGCUGGCUGCACUUUCGAUUCCAAUAUUCAAUACCCAUUCCCAUACCGAAAAGUGAUCCCAACUGCAUUUGCAGCCGUGUGUCAAUGUAAAUGAUUGCGAGCAAACAGAAACAAGCGGCGAUUAAAAAACAAACAAACAAUUCGAUCGGAGGAGCAGUGCAUUAGUGAGUCUCAGCCUUAUUUUACCCCGCGCCAGCAGGAUGUCAUUCAAGGACGGCAGCCUGGGCGAUACCAAAUUCGCCAAGUACACGGUGAACCAUGAGCCACCACCUCCUCCGGCGACAACGACGACACAGACCACAACCAGUGGUGUGGAUAAGCCGAUAGCUAAGGAAAAGGACAAUGGCACAACGAAUCCGCCCGUGAAACGAUCCUGGCGUGAGAAGAUCCGCCUGGUGGCCAACAAUGUCACCGUGGAACCGAUCCUGGCCGCCUACAUCAUGCCCAGCGUGCUCUCCAAUCUGGCCACCCAGAAUCUCAACCUGGAGAAGGCCUGUCGGGUGAACAUGGCCUACGGGGAUGAGGUGUGCGAUGCCCUCACCCGCCGCCAAACAGCCAACUACACACUAGAGGAGGAAACAGUGCAGCAAAUGGUGGCGCGAAUGGCCGCCUGGAAGACGGUGAUCCAGUCCCUGUUCCCCUGCCUGCUGAUCCUCUUUUGGGGAUCCUGGAGCGAUCGCCACCGCCGGCGGAAGCCGUGCAUCCUCAUCCCGGUGGUGGGCGAGUUCCUGGGGGUGGUGGGGCUGAUGCUGUGCGUCUACUUCGAGCAGGCGCCCAUGGAGGCAGCCGCCCUCACGGAAGCCAUCUUCCCUUCCCUCAGCGGCGGCUGGUUCACCAUGCUGAUGGGCGUCUUCAGCUACAUUGCGGACAUCACCACGGAGGAGGAUCGCACGCUGAGGAUCGGCAUACUCAAUGUUUGCUUCUCGGUGGGCGUGCCCAUCGGAAUGGCCUUCAGUGGAGUCCUGCUCAAGCAAAUUGGAUUCUACGGGGUAUUCUCGAUCUCGGCCGCCUUUUACGUAAUAGCCUUCGUUUACGGAUUCUUCUUCCUGGAGGAGCCACAAUCCCGUCCGGAAAAAAGUGCGGAGCAGAAGAGCCUGCUGGCCGACUUCUUCGACAAGGAGCACGUGGUGCAGACAUUCCGGGUGGCCUUUAAGAAGGGCGAGAACCAGCGCCGCAAACGCGUGAUCCUGCUGAUGAUCGUGGUGAUGGUCAUCAUUGGUCCACUGCACGGCGAGAUGGCAGUCACGUAUCUAUUCACGCGAUUCCGGUUCAAUUGGUCGGAGGUGGAAUUCAGCUUCUUCUCGACUUAUGCCAUGUUUACGGGUCUCAUCGGUGUGAUUUUCUGCGUGGGCAUUCUCUCCCACAAGCUGAACAUCGAUGAUGCACUGGUCGGCGUUUUGUCCAGCACCUCGAAGAUCCUAUCGUCCUUUGUGUACGCCUUUGCCACUCUGCCAUGGCAUAUGUACCUGGGCGGACUGGUGGAGAUCUUCAAUGGCACGGCGUUCAUAGCGAUGCGUUCGAUAGCCACCAAGUUGGUGUCCAAGGACGAACUGGGCAAGGUGAACUCUCUGUUUGGAGUGGCAGAGGCCCUAAUGCCCAUGGUAUUUGCGCCCAUGUACACCACCUUGUAUGCUGCUACAUUGAGAGCCCUGCCAGGUGCCUUCUUCCUACUCGGCGGCGGUCUUACCCUGUUCUCUGUCUUCAUAUUCCUAUGGAUGUACCGAUUCCAGGUUCGCCAGCGGCGAAACCUGGCCUCUUCGGAUGCUGAAAGUGCGGCCGUGAAGGAUCCCAAUGGCAAUAUCAAUGCUAUCGAAGCCUUGGUCCUGGCCAGCGAGGCCAAGGGUCAGAUGAACGGCAUCAUCGCCAAUGUGAUACACGAGUCCUUGGACCACGCAGAUCCUACAUCGACACCGCCCACAAACACCGCACAACCCAUCGAACGGGGCAUCGAGAACCAUGGGUUCGUUCAGGAGGAGAAGAUCAAGGAUCGGGAUUGUUAGGCUAGAUGAGAAGGGAAUCAAAGUAUUAUCCCAUCCUCAUGUACAUACUCACAUUCCGCUGAGGAAAUUGGAGAUCGAGAGUUGGAGUAAUCGGGAAGAGUUGGAAUUUCUUUUUCGGAAUUUUUGCAGUUAAUAAAUCGAUUUAAUGACUUUUUAGUGACAUUCUAUCGGAGCUUUAUAGCAACAAAGUCCAAGAAUUUGAACCUACAUCCUUAAAAUCGAAAAUCUUAAGCUGAAUAGAUACAUAUUACUAUCUUAAAAUAAAAUUCCUCACUAAGAGCUUUACACUCGCCUAGA